AUGGCAUCGGUCGUGUCCUCCGGGCGCUCGGAUGCUGGGGCUAACGAGACAAGCAGCACUGCCGAGGUGCUUGAGUUCCUCUGCCUUUUCACUCACGACUUGAAAAGGAAGCAAAAGAGGUGGCAGGACGGCCGCCUCAAGUACCACACCUUCAACAGGCGCGUCAUGGUCUACGAUGACCGCGGACAUUAUGUUGGUGAUAUGCACUGGCGCCGUGACUGGGACUUUGACGAGGGGGAAGAAAUUGAGCUGGAACGGGGCGGCGUCAUCGUCCAAGUUGCCGAAUGUGUGGCACGUCAGCAACAAGAUCUCUCGGAAUUGAUAGACAAACGGGCGAAAGAGAAGGAGCACCGCCAGGCGCUGAUAGCAUCACGGCCAGCCCGUCCUACUCCCGCGCAUACACCCCUCCGAGUCACACCGAGGAAUAAUGCUCAACAGGAUCACUUCCAACUUCGACACCGGCCUCUAAACCAGCUUCUUGGCACCCCGACAGGCCAUCACGGUCGCGCUCUCGUACCAGACGAAUCACCUUUUGAACAACGACACGACAUCGGUGGAUCCAAUGAUGGGGCUGACAGCUCUAGGCCGUCAAAGAGGAGACGGUAUGAAGACACACCUCCCAGCAAGAUGGGCUAUGCACAGAGUUUGUUCGGCGCGUCCCUGACCUUGUCCGGGGCACCUGCGAGCUCGGCACCACUGCGGCGCCCUGUGGUAGCCAAAGUGCAGACUAGACGGGAACCUUCUCCGCCACAGGAGGCUGGCCCUCGGCAGCAAGAUGAAAGUGAUGCGCCCACUCGAACGACUCAUACCAUGCGUCCUAACCGCAUGACGGCUCUCAGACUUGAUAACAUGUCACGACCGAGACCCGCACCAGCGGCACCACCUGAAGAGGGUUUGUUCGUGUCACAAGAGGACCACAGUGAUCCUGUUUGGGAGACGUCGUCAAAUCGUGACGACCAGAGACAUCACACAGAGGACAGCAAUACCCGCCCUUAUGGACGUUCCAGUUUCGUUACUGGACCCACUACGAGUGAAGCAGCAUACAGUUCCAAGUCCCUGCAAAUUGCCAAAGGAAAGGGUACAUUGCUAUCGAGCAUCGGAAAGGGCUCUGCAUCGCUAAACAACAACACGAAUGCAACCUCUGUGCGCUCUCGUUUGACAUAUUCGAAGAAGGACAAACAGACCAUCUUCCUGGACGGCGACGACGACGACGGCGGCGGCAAUGAAAAUGAAGAUAGCCGUAAGCAGCGCAGUGAUGCCUCUCCACCUCCCAGAUCAGUUAUUGGGGGUAGCUCGAAACGUGCCGCUCCUGUUGCAGGGGAGAUACAUGACAACAAACGCAAAAAGACUACGUCCGUGAACAAGUUCGUUACCGACAAGGGAGCUCGACAAAAUCCACAGAAUGAAUCAGACCCGGUGACAACUCAAGAUGAACCAAUGGCGGAGCUAAAGAUCAAAUCACGACAAAAGCGUGGUUUAUUAGUACUGUCAGAGAAACCGAAGAGAGCCCAACGUCCAGCCAAAAGCCCCAGUAACCAGGUUGCAGUCGAGCCCAUGGAGACGCGUACAACAAACAACAAAUUUGCGGUUUAUCAACAGAGUGUUCCCGACGACUCAGACGAUGACCCCUUCGCUUUCCCGAUGCCUGUCAUCGACACCAUUUUGCCACAAAAAAACAAAUCGCGAGAUAGUGGACGACCUGGACUCCUCUCGGAGUCUCACAGGGACCGACCCGUCGCAAACCAAGAUCAAGGCGAGUCAGCCGCUGUCGCCGCUACGAAUUCACAGGCAAGCCCAGCAAAGAAUAGGAAUCAGCAAGAAGGCCAAACUUUAGUGAGCGACUCCGACUACACUUUGAGAUCCCACCACUCUCACGCUGCCCAGAGCAAAGAGGAUGCUCAGCCAAAGGAAGUCAAAGCCAAAAAGAGCUUUGAACCUCCUGAACCCAAGGGGAAAGCACACAUCGAAGUGGACAGCGGAAAAGAAGACGAAGAGAUAUCAAGAUACCCACGAAGGCGUAGAACCACACGAAUACCAACCUCGCCCGUGUCUAGUGAUGAGAGCAAAACCAACGAGCCCAAAUCGGCUGCAGAAAGUACUGAUGAGGAGCUACCCCAAGUGCCUGUUGGUCCACGCUUAGCCAAGCUCGCCAGGAAAAGCAUCAAGAGCAGAGAGGUGAUUGGGUUCGUUCCUUCUAGCUCUCCAGUCAUCAACAUACACAAACAAGCCGAACCAGUCCCUGGUCAUAUCCCAGGAGAGUCUUGUUUAGUGGCUGAGGAAAGCUCAACUUUGCAUAGCAGCAACACGAAAGAUGACAUUACGCCCCACAGCCCAAAGGUAACAGUGGCAGAAGAUAACGCAGGACGCACUGAGAAGCCCGAAUUGAUGUUACCACUCCCUGGUUUAAAAGACUUGGUUGAUCCCGCUUCCCUACAACAACCCAACGGGCUUUCUGAGAAGACCUCUCUUGUGGUUACGAGUAGUGACAGCAACAACGUCACUCCUGGAGACGGCCCCUCGGCACUAUUCACGGAUAACCAAGCGCCUGGCAAUCUACUAACCGGCCACACCUCAAACGUUGCCAACAAAACAAGUGGCAACGUUCCGGCCGAUAAUGCGGCAUCGGCCACAGUCCGCAAGCACAAACUACAGCUGGCGCAAAAGAUUAAGGAACCUCCAUUGCCUAUGCCAGAUCAGGCAGGCUGUGAUGAUGGAUCAGGAACUAAGGAAUUCCGAGCAAAGGGCGAAACGGCAAUGUCAUCUUCACACGAGAGUCGUGUGAAGGACAAACGCCAAAUUGACAUUGCCGUCAGUGUUCCGGUUCCACUAGAUGGUUCUGUAAAGACAAUGUCGCCCGUUGACAAUUCAUCCACCUCUGUUGCUACAGCGCGGAUCGUAAAUCCAGCUACAAGAGGUCGCAAGGCAGCACUAAAGUCUCAUGCAGCAGGCCAGGUACCGCAAUCCAUUCUUCCGGCUGAGCCCGCUCCAGAGCGUGUAGUUCCACGAAACCGUGAACUAUCACGGCAUGAGACCAUUGGAUCCGGUGCUGAAGAACGGCCAAAGCGGAAGAUGACCUUUCCCGGCUUCACUUCUGCUCGAGCAGGCGGCCCGUGGAGCAGAGAGGCACAUGACCUAUUGGAAACGGGGCGACCGGUUUGA